AUGGUCAGCGCCGCGACCAUCAUCGGCAACUCGCCGCACCUCGUCGACGCCAUCAUGGCUCACGCCACCCGCGCGACGCUGGUCACUUGUCUCCGCGUCAGCCGCGACGUGCACAACUCUGCUGGUGCGGCCCUUUACCACACCAUUCGUAUCCACGGUCGCAUCCUCGACGAUCUGCUGGAAGGAGCCAACCUUGAGAAAGGCCUCUACACAAACCCGCCUGGCGAGGCACAGGCCCCGCUCACCGUCCUCAAGAAUCGUCUUCUCGCCCGCAUCCGCGUCCUGUCGAUCGGGGAGCACGAGUGGGAGCUGUGUGAACACGAAGUUGAUCCUCACAUGCUCGACAAAUUCAAAUUCUUCAUCUGGCUCCUGUUCCGCCAUGUGCAAGUCGUGCGCAUCGUCCUCCCUCCCCGCGGCUCCGGCCUCGGUAGCCUGUGCCAGCGCUCAGCCCACAAGUGCGGAUUCCUACCGCUCCUCUCCCCCCGCAAGCUCGUCAUUCGCAAUGUCUCCAUUCCCGCCUUCUGCGAGAUCAGCAACUACUGGUACCACGUCAAUCUGCCCGAGGUCACCUGGAUCCUUCCUCCCGAGCGCCGCGGUGACGCGGAGGCAAGUGUGGACCCGUCCUACUACAUUGGAUCAACCGUUGCCGCCUCCCCUAGUGCCAAGAUGAUCUUCCACGACGAGUGGGAGAGCUGGACUGCGCUGCCGAUGGCGAGUGGCCCGAUUCCCCGUCGCCCCCUUGGGCCCUACGCUCCAACCGAUGUCACCGAAUUUUGUCACUACACCUGGAGCCACGGACACUGGCCCACCGCGAAGGAGUACGACACUGUGGUGUACGGGCUCGAGACUGUCCACUUCAGUGCCACCCAGAAUGACCGCGUCCUCCGCCACUUCAAGAACCGCUUCCCCUCGCAGCCGCUCACGCCGGGCGGGCUGUGCCAGGUGGUCAAGGAUCAGAUUAUGGGACUGCCAGGAUCCGAGUGUCAUCACAGCUCCAGGAUCAUGAACCACGCGUACGUGUUCAAGACCCUCGCCGACUACGCGGCGCUCGACCCAGCCGACACGCGGUUCGAGCUCGACGACGAGUACCGCAGCUAG